AUGGACGUCACCAUCAAUAUCGACGCAAUCGGACAGGGCUGCCUUUUUAUCAAGCAAAAUCUUUUCCGCUCACGGAGCAGAAUGUGGAUUCAGGUGAACGCGUCGCGUGCCCUCGAGUUCUCUCAGGUGCAUGUGGCCCAGAUCCUGUCAUCAAUGCGAGGGGGCACGCGGUUAUUUCCGCCAAAUUACGUCCGACGUAAUGACCGUGGCAAUUGCUUCCUUAUCCGGCUGCCUAGGACUGGGCCGUUUCAUGCCAAGGCCAAUGGUGCCGAACGACCACGUUCAUCCUCAACCCUGCAGAGGUGGUUAUCCCAGCCGCAGGAUGCUGGAGGCCAGAAAAGAAGCAGUAGAAGCUCAAUGCUGCACUGCCAGAGUCACCAACCGAGGAAAACUGGCCUUGUGCCACAACUAAGAUGUACGGAAUUCGGGCCAAAGGGCCAGGUAUUGGUUGCGAAUGGGAGGCUGAAGAAGUCUGAACUGGUUACGAGAUACGGGCUGCUCCCCCGUGACAUGCGCAAGAUUGAUACAUCAAACUUGCCCCAUGUCGACAUACGGCCUGCAGUUAUACUGCUGAAUCUCCUAUACCUCAAGGUUUUAAUUAAACGAGAUGGCGUUUUGCUCUUCGACAUGGACGGCACACGCACCUCAAGUGUUCAAGCUUCGUUUGUGGAAGACCUUCAAAUCAGGAUGCGGCCAGACCGUACUGACGGAGUUGCACCUCCACCAUACGAGUUUGAAGUUCUAGAUGCAGUACUCAAUGCGGUUGUCGUUGAACUAAGGAAUGAAUUGGAAUCUGUGCGUACUCCAGUCGUCAGUCUCCUCGCGGAACUCGAGGACAACAUUGAUCGACAAAAGCUACGUACGCUUCUGAACCUGUCCAAGCAGGCCAGUGCGUUUGAACACAAGGCAAAACUUGUGCGGGCAGUCCUAGAUGACAUUCUUGAGAGCAAUGACAGCCUUGCUGCCUUGUAUUUAACGGACAAUGCUAAGAAUGUCCAUGGGCCUGAGGACCUUUCUGAGGUGGAGUCCAUGCUGGAAUCGUACUACGCUAUAUGCGACGAAAUUGCACAGGAUGCACAGAGCUUGACCUCUAUGAUCAAGAAUACGGAUGACAUAUACAAACCGGAACUCGCUCAUGCUGCUGCAUUUGAAGUUCAUCUCCUGUACACUGGCCCUGGGAACAGGCACAUUUGUGGCUUCAUUUUACGGAAUGAACAUCCAGAAUGUGCUUACCGAAGCGGAUUUGGGCUUCGUGGUGGUUUCAGCAGGGACAGGGAGAAGCCGUGGGAAAUCGCUGAGGCUGCUAUCCACAACAAGUGGUGCCUAGAGACGGUAUCGAGCACAAUCACGACAGAACACGACGACCAAUCUUGGAGCCUCAUGCAACGUUUGAGCAAACUCUCAUCUCACCAUGGUGCCUUGCUGUCCUUCUCUGCCUCAUGGACGUCGAUAUCAACGAUGCUGGUCUUUUGCUCUCGACCCAAGUUCCAUAUUCAACUAUUACUGCUCACACCAAGCGCAUAUGAUGCGUACGUCUUCUACGCCAACAGCGACAACUAUGCCUGCUCAGUGUUGGUCAACGCACACAUCUUGCAGCAUUUGAUGGGCACAAGGCAUCGCAUUUUCGCCAUCAUAUCUGAUGGUGUUUCACGAGCGAUGCAAGACGCCCUGGCUGCCGAAAAUAUAACCAUGGUCAAGGAAACACCUCUCCCACUUGAGGCAAACAGCGUCUCAUACUACGAGGGAUGUCUCUUAAAACUAGCGGCCUUUAAAUUGCACGAAUACGAUUCUUCGAUCCGGAGGUUGCUGGUGCCUGACGCCGACCAACUAAUACUUCGAAACCUGGACAAGAUUUUCGACGCUCAAAUGACGGAUUUUAUGGCUCCAACCGCUUAUUGGAUCAGCAAUGACACCAUCACCAGCACUUGCAUGUUGAUCCAGCCAGGCAAACCGGUGUGGGACAGGGUCAAGACCGCUGCGACAAGUAUAAAGUCUGACAAGUACGACAUGGACCUUAUCAACGACCUAUUCGCCGAGCGAGGGGAUCGAUUGAGCGAGAGAUAUGUGACCCUCAAUAGUCACUGGGAAGAUUGGAACAUUCCCCUGUGGAUGGGCCCUGGGUCGUCUAAUGGCACCGCGACAGACCAACAACUACGGGUUUUGUAUGACCAAGCGGCCAUCAUUCACUUCACUGCUGCUGGCAAGCCAUGGAUGCACGACACUCAGGCGCUGCGGGAGCAGAAACCGGACGCGCAUCCUCUCAUGGUAGAACAGUGGGCUAGAUGGCGAUCGUUGGCAUUACAAAAUUGCCCACCAGGAAUCCUGGACCAUGUGUAG